AAUAGAAUUGGAGGGGAAAUAUGGAUAAUGGUUGCUUUGGGAAGUGUAACUGAAAAACGACAAUAAUGAAAAAUAUUGCUUUGCUAUGAAUUGAAUGACUUGACACUACAUAUGAAUUGUGAUCAUCAUCAUCAUCAUCAUCGUAUCAAAUACCAAUAUUAUAUUAUCCAACAACACAUGUCCAUUUCAAAGUUUCAAUCUUUUACGCCUUUUCAUUGAUUGAAGUUAUUUCUUAGAAGAGAAAGAACAACCCCACCAAAAUUCUCUCUGGUUCUCGGUCAUCAAUGGCGUAUGGGAGGUGUUUGCAGCUGAAUCAUGUUCUGGGCAGACUUAGUUUUACUGCAACCAGGAAUUUUACUGGUCUCCCUAAACCCAACCCCUCUUCUUCAUCUUCUUCCUCCCAAGACCUCAUCAACUCCGAACAAGAGUUCAGUGCUCACAACUAUCACCCAAUACCAGUUGUGUUCUCUCAGGCAAAGGGAUCAUGUAUAUGGGAUCCUGAAGGCAAACGGUAUCUAGAUUUUCUCUCUGCUUAUUCUGCAGUUAAUCAGGGACAUUGUCAUCCGAAAAUCAUGAAGGCUUUACAAGAACAGGCGGAAAGGCUCACCCUUAGCUCUCGAGCAUUCUAUAAUGAUAAAUUUCCGAUAUUUGCUGAGCGUCUAACAGAUAUGUUCGGAUAUGACAUGGUUCUGCCUAUGAACACUGGUGCUGAAGGUGUAGAAACAGCUCUGAAGUUAGCCAGGAAAUGGGGUUACGAGAAAAAGAAAAUUCCAAAUGAUAAGGCUAUCAUCGUGUCAUGCUGUGGAUGCUUCCAUGGUCGUACAUUGGGUGUCAUCUCAAUGAGCUGCGACAAUGAGGCAACCCGAGGUUUUGGACCCUUGUUGCCUGGUCAUCUCAAAGUUGAUUUUGGUGAUUUAGAAGCCCUUGAAAAAGCUUUUAAAGAAAAUGGAGAUCAUAUAGCUGGAUUUUUGUUUGAACCCAUCCAAGGAGAGGCCGGGGUUGUUAUUCCUCCUGAUGGUUAUUUAAAAUCUGUCAGAGAACUUUGCUCAAAAUACAACAUUUUAAUGAUUGCUGACGAAAUCCAAUCUGGCUUAGCUAGAUCGGGAAAAUUGCUCGCUUGUGAUUGGGAAGAAGUUCGCCCAGAUGUAGUGAUUUUAGGAAAAGCCUUAGGCGGUGGAGUAAUCCCGGUAAGUGCAGUUCUUGCAGACAAAGAUGUGAUGCUCUGUAUCAGACCUGGAGAGCAUGGAAGUACCUUUGGCGGGAACCCAUUGGCUAGUGCAAUUGCCAUUGCGUCGCUUGAUGUAAUCAAAGAUGAGAAACUUUCCGAGAGAUCUGCACAACUAGGACAGGAACUUAUGAAAAAACUACUUAAAAUUCAACAGAAAUUCCCCGACUACAUUAAGAAAGUUCGAGGAAGAGGCUUGUUCAGUGCCAUGGAGCUUAACAGUAAGAACUUGCACCCUGUUUCGGCUUAUGAUAUCUGUCUUAAGUUGAAGGAAAGAGGAGUUCUUGCAAAGCCUACACAUGAUACUAUUAUCAGAUUAACUCCUCCAUUGACAAUAAGUUUGGAUGAGCUCCAAGAAGGGUUAAAUGCCCUUCAUGAUGUUCUAAAACUGGAUUUACCAGACAUGAAAAAGACAAAGCCAAAGCCGAAAGAUACCUCUUCGAAUGCUUCUUCGAACACAUGCGACCGUUGUGGAAGAGACUUGUAUGCUUCUCAAGACAAAGAAUGAGCUCUUGAGUUAAUGAGUGAGCAAAAUUUCAUUUCUAUUUUUAAAACAUUUUACAUAAUACAAUAGUAUAUUAGGCUAAUAAUAUGGAAACUCUGUCUCUGUAGUAACUUCAUAUAUUAUUGUUAUUAUUAUAUGUUUAGAUAAGCUUAAGACAUGGAUCUUACUUAGUGUAAUAAUGUUAAGAAACUUCAUCACUGAUGAUUGGAGAAUCUAUAGAAUCAAUUUAAGAUCAUUUUCACACCUUA